GUUCCCACAAGCCUGUGGGUCAGAGAUGCCCGAGCGCUAAAGAUGCCUAGACGGCUGAGAUAAUGCACGUUUCAACGCGUUCCGUUAAUAGCUUGACGCCAAAAUUCGCGGUCAUCAGUCUACAGCCAAAACUAGCGAGUCUCCGACAAUGAAACACUUCAACUGCACAGGUCAAAGAAUAUAGCCUCCCUCUGCCAUCCCGCAGCCUUAAUUCGGGUCCGAAGGAGUAAUAUAUAUCCUUGACUGACAGACACUCGAAUUUCAUGGCGAACGCCGGAUCACAAGAACCUCCCUCCAAGAGGCGGCGUUUCUUUUCAGAUGCAGACGAAGAGAUCCAUACGUCACUGCUAGUCCCUCUAAGCUUCUCGUCGCCGACUGUCCCGAGAGCGAGAUUCUUCGAGAACGCAGUUGACCGACAUGAUCAACCAGGUCGAGCCAUUGCUGCCUCUUCUCCCAGCGCAUUGCCUGUUGCCAGGGCGCCCCUUUCCGAGCAAGAUGUUGCCAGUUCCUUGAACCGACUAGCCUCUCCGCAAACCGCCGUGAGCGCACUCUCAGAAUCCGCCUCGACGUCAACGCCAUUUGAUCAAACAACGUUUGAAAGCUUUGUUGGUGAAAAAAUCGGAGCUGAUGUUUUGGAAAUUCUUGUCGAGACCUGUGGGAAUGACAUUGAAAGAGCUGUCAACAUGUACCUCGACGGAACAUGGAAGAUAAAGAGAAAAUUUCCAACUCUUCCAACGCCGAACCGCCUAUCAGCUUCAAUCGCAGUAUCACGCCAACAAGGUAAUCUGACUAUACGGCCGCACGAUUCUUUUCGCCCAGUCCCCGAGUCACGAUACAUAGGCGCGUUUGGAGUUGAGGGGUGGGCGACACGGAGCGGGCAUAAUCUGUUGAAGCACGGCGAUGUUAUCAAGAUUGAGCGCCAGAAAAUACAGCCUCCGAAAGCCCCCGCUACCAAAGGGCAAGCCAAACUGGGGGGCGCGCAGUCAACGCCACGCAUGAGCUCGGCGGCGAGGAGGGUUGAUGUGAUCGUUCGCUUUACUGACGCCACCGGCCAAGAACUUGGGCGCCUGGCCAAAGAUACUGCCAACUGGGUAUCGACACUGAUGGACCAACGAAUAUGCAAGUUUGAGGGCACAUGCGUCUAUGCCCCCGAGAGACUGCGGACCAACGACACCGUCUUCCUACAGCUCAAAGUCUCGCUAUUAAGAUCGGCUUUUUUUGGUCGAAAAUUACAAACUGCCGACAACAGAACGACCGGUCUUUUUCAGGAAACCGAGACAUCGGAAGAAAAAGAGCUCCGGCUGAGACAGGUGGCUCUCGUCAGACUGUUCCAGGAAAUUGGUCUCGUUCCUUCGCGUGGGAACGCGGCAGCAGCAAAGGACCAGCGGCAAGGGCUUCUCACGGCGGCCGAGUUGGCCGAAAACAAGGCGAGGGAAAAAACGAAGUCUUCAGAAAAAGACAAUCCCGAGUCUUCCCCGCACGAGGACGAGGACGAAGACGGCGAGGAGCUCGAGCAAGACCAAUUGGAUUCUCUUUACAAGAAGGCCCAGUCGUUCGACUUCAACACACCUGAAGCCGAGCCUGCUGAAACGUUUGCUAUGACAUUGCGUCGGUAUCAGAAGCAAUCGUUGCACUGGAUGCUGGCCAAGGAAAAAGACGAGCGGAACGAAGACCGGGAAUUGUCUAUGCACCCAUUGUGGGAGGAGUACGCCUGGCCAACCAAAGAUUAUAAUGACAAGGAGCUUUCACAAGUGGCACAUCACCCAACCUUCUACGUCAACCCCUAUUCUGGCGAUUUGUCGUUAGACUUUCCCCGUCAAGAGCAGCACUGUCUUGGAGGAGUUUUAGCGGAUGAAAUGGGUUUGGGGAAAACCAUUCAAAUGCUCAGUUUGGUCCACUCUCACAGAUCACAAGCGGCUAUUCGGGCUAAAGAAUCUAGUUCCUCGGUCGGAUCGGUCAACAAUCUUCCACGCCUCCCGUCGGUUUCUUCAAGCGUUGGCGUCUCAGACGCUCCUUGCACGACCCUCGUCGUCGCUCCUAUGUCUCUUCUAGCGCAAUGGCAGAGUGAGACAGAGAACGCGUCAAAAGAAGGCACUCUCAAGUCCAUGGUCUACUAUGGAAGUGACAAGAAUGCCGAUUUGCUGACGUCAUGCUGUGAAGCCAAUGCUGCGAACGCUCCCGACCUGAUAAUCACGAGUUAUGGUACUGUGCUCUCGGAAUUCAGCCAGAUAGCCUCGAAAAACCGUGACAGGGGCGGAAGCCGUGGAAUCUUUGCGCUGAAUUUCUUCCGCGUCAUUCUUGACGAGGCACACAGCAUCAAAAACCGGCAGUCAAAGACGGCAAGGGCUUGCUACGAGAUUGCCGCAAAACACCGAUGGGUGUUGACAGGAACGCCGAUCGUAAACAAGCUUGAGGAUCUCUUCAGUCUCGUCCGGUUCUUGAGAGUCGAGCCCUGGAAUAACUUUUCUUUCUGGAGAACUUUCAUCACAGUGCCGUUUGAGUCCAAAGAUUUCAUGCGGGCUUUAGACGUCGUUCAAACCGUCCUGGAACCGCUUGUUAUGAGAAGAACCAAGGAUAUGAAGACCCCGGACGGACAGCCUUUGGUGGCGCUCCCGCCCAAGCGUAUUGAGAUAGUCAACAUCGAGCUCUCUGAGACGGAACGUGCGGUCUACGAUUACAUAUUUACCCGGGCAAAACGAACUUUCAAUGCCAACGUCGAAGCCGGCACAGUCAUGAAGGCAUUCACAAGCAUUUUUGCCCAGAUUCUCCGUCUCCGCCAGUCGUGUUGUCAUCCCAUUCUUGUCCGAAACCAGGAGGUUGUGGCCGAUGAAGAAGUAGCCAAUGCCGCUGCUGACGCUGCUGCUGGGUUUGCGGAUGAUAUGGACCUCUCUUCCCUAAUCGAGCGUUUCACGGCUACGACAGAUGAUAUAGCUGAUUCGAAUGCUUUUGGUGCGCAUGUCUUGGGGCAAAUUCGGGACGAGGCCGUCAACGAAUGCCCCAUUUGUGCCGAGGAGCCUAUGAUCGAUCAGACUGUCACAGGCUGCUGGCAUUCGGCCUGCAAAAAUUGCCUUCUCCACUACAUCAAGCACGAGACAGACCAUCACAACGUUCCCCGGUGUUUCAACUGCCGGGAGGUCAUCAACUCCCGCGAUUUGUUUCAAGUCGUGCGUCAUGACGACGACGACGACGACAAGCAUAGGGGCUGUCUUGGGAAGGAGAUUCGCAUCAGUCUUCAACGUCUCGGGACCAGUGAUUCUUCAGCAAAGGUUGUUUCUCUCAUUGAGCGCCUGCGCGACCUGCGAAGAGAAAGCCCGACGAUGAAGUCUGUCGUUUUCAGCCAGUUCACCUCUUUCCUUUCGCUUAUUGAGCCUGCACUGGCUCGGGCAAAGAUGCAUUUCUUGCGGCUGGAUGGGUCAAUGGCCCAGAAAGCGCGCGCAGCGGUGCUCAACGAGUUCAGAGAGUCCAAGAAGUUCACCAUCCUGUUAAUCAGCCUCAAGGCCGGCGGCGUUGGGCUAAACCUAACCAGUGCAAAGAGAGUGUUCAUGAUGGAUCCAUGGUGGAGCUUUGCGAUCGAGGCACAGGCUAUCGAUCGCGUCCACCGGAUGGGCCAAGAAGACGAAGUGAAGGUGUAUCGCUUUAUCGUAAAGGACAGUGUCGAGGAGAGAAUGCUAAAGAUACAAGACAGGAAGAAGUUCAUUGCAACGUCUCUCGGCAUGAUGUCAGACGAAGAGAAGAAGUUGCAGAGGAUUGAGGAUAUUAGAGAUCUACUUAGCUAAGCCAGACAAGCCAUGCAUAUGAUACAUGUAUCGUUGUUGAGCUUGUAUGGCAAUGGGCAGUGUGUUGUUUGCUGGGCGGGCCACCAGCAUGUCAGUAGCCCAGGUCACUUCCAAGUUGUUCGACUGUAGGUCUUGCAGUAACCAUUCAGAUCAUUGCCACCAGCCAACCGGCCAACCGGCCAAU